CCGACCGUCAAGCCCAAGUCCGAGCCGCUUAAGGCAGCAACUGAGCACAAGCAGCCCUCUGAGGCGUCGCCAACCAAGGCAAUGGAGAGCGCAAAUGGUCCGGCGGUAGCUACGCCCAGUGCGACUGCCCAGCAACCUGCGCCCACUCCAGCGCUGGGUGAUAAGGCAGAGGCCGCCGUGAAACCAGACGAGGCAGCGUCGGUCGCCCUUGUGCAAACGCCGUCCACGUCGGAGCCUACGGUGCCAGCUCCGGAGGCGGCCCCUGCUGCUUCCCUUUCCAAGCAGCCGGCUUCCUUCCGAAUCGAGGUUGUAGAUGAGGAGGAAACAGAGGGAUCUGUUGCCUCAUCUGCUCCAGCGGCAGCCGCACCCGCCCAAGAGGUCACGAGCGUUGCAGCACCUACAGCCCCUGCAGCGCCUGCGGCUGCGGCUACUGAAGAGGCGGCUGUUUCUUCGACAUCGGGUGUUGCUUCUGGUUCGGGGUCUGGAGACGACAGCUCGGCACCUGGGUCAACCAGUGCUGGCACGGGCAGCCGCAAGAAGAACCUGAAGCAGGCUAUCCGUGAUGCGGAGGCCAAGGGCGCCAACAACGACCUCUUGUCGGCCUUCAGGGAGCCAGCUCCCCCUGUCAAGGCGGAAACAGCGGAGGCUGCCAAGCCUAAGGAGGAAGUUGAGGAACCCAAAGCAGCGGCUGCUAUUGCGGCUCCAGCGGCCGUCGAGGAGGUGACGGAGCACUGGGAGGAGCGUGCGGACGAGGCAGCUUCUGGGGAGGCCUCCGGCUCAGCUGCCGCUGCUGCUGCCGGUACCGCGGACCCGCGCCAGAACCGGUACUCGCGCGACUACUUGAUGUCCAUCGGCAAGUGCAUGGUCAUGCCCCUUCCGGUGCCGCUGGACGCGUACCACCAGCAAACCAUUGGGCUUGACAGUCCCCAGGAUAACACUCGCGGCGGCGUGGUCGGCGUGAUGGGCCGCGCGGGUAGCCGUGAAGCGGAGUGGGGCCGUCGUGAUGACCGUGGCCGCGGCGGUGACUUCCGCGGCGACAUGCGGGGCGACCGUGGGAGCGGUGGGCCAGGUGGCGAUCGCAGGGACCGUGACGGCAUGCGGGGCGGCGGCCCGUCAGGGCGUGGCGGGCCGGGUGGCAGCAUGGACCGCCGGGGAUCAGCCAACAUGGAUGAUGGAUGGCAACGGCGCGGUCCGCCCCCGCCCCCAUCACCCGGUGGCGACAUGCGGGGUGGUGGCAGCCGUGGUAUGUCACGCCAGGGCUCGGGCACGCCAGGCGGGUAUGGUAUAGGUGGUGGUCCUGUUAACCUGCACAAGACUGGGAACCGCUGGCAGGCGGGCAUCAGCACGGCCGAAGACCCGGAGGAGGAGAAGAAGCAGAAGACCUUUAAGGGUAUUCUGAACAAGCUCACGCCGGACAACUACGACAAGCUGAAGCAGCAGAUCCUUUCGGUGCCCAUCACGCAUCAGAAGACCCUGGAGGGCUUUAUCAACCAGAUCUUCGACAAGGCGCUCAUCGAGACCACAUUCAGCGAGAUGUAUGCCAACCUGUGCAAGGAGAUCCAUCCAUCCCUGCCUCAGUUCCCCUCGAACGAUCCGAACAACCAGAAGCCUGUGGACUUCCGUCGCUUGCUGCUCAACAAGUGUCAGCAGGAGUUUGAGGACGGUGUGGCUGCAAUGAAGAAGGUGAAGGAGCGGGAGGAGCACAACAAGGAGGAGGCUGAGAAGGAGAAGCAAGGCAAGCAGAAGGCGGCUAAAGCGGCAGCCGACAACGGCAAGCUGGAGGAGGGCGAGAUUCCCACCACGGCAUCCGGAGCGGCCGCAUCGACCGAUGAUGCUCGCGCGAAGGCGCUGGCAGAGGCUGCCGAGGCGGAGCGCGAGCUGAAGGCACGGCGCCGCAUGUUGGGUAACAUCCAGUUCAUCGGCCACCUCUACAAGUGCGGCCUUCUCACGGAGCGCAUCAUUCACAGCUGUAUUGUGCAGCUGCUCAACGACGAGUUGUCACCUAGGCCCGAUGAUAUCGAGUGCCUCUGCAAGCUUCUCACGACCCUGGGCAAACAGCUUGAGGAGCAGGUCAACAAGAAGGGAGCCGCAAUCGGCAACCCCCUGGAUGUCUACUUCCAGCGGAUGGAGCGCCUGCGCAAGGGCUCGAACCUGGACUCGCGUAUCAAGUUCGCCAUACAGGACGUUUUGGACCUGCGGGCUGCCAAGUGGGUGUCGCGGCGCAAGGUCGAGGGGCCUAAGCGUAUCGAGGACGUCCAUCGCGAGGCGCAAGCUCAGAUGGCGGCCCAGGCGUCUCGGGACCGCGAGGAGCGGUACGCGCAAAGGGGCCCAGGUGGGCGCGGUGGCCCAGGCAU